GGCGAUGAAUGUUUUUUUCUUCGAAGAGCCGGCCCGCGAUAGAUACUGAGCCAGUCAGCCUAAGCGCCUGCCACGUCGCGACGCCGCAAGGCUGAACGCACGAUGCGCCAAUAAACAGGAGGGUAGUCUAGGAUCAUAAGUACUAGUACUAUUGGAAUGAUUAAGCGGCUAAUGAGGAAUGUGAUUGGCCAAAGUUUAGACAUUCUUCAUAGUGCUAUGAUAGGCGCAACCAUGGAACCGUCAACUGCCAAGCUCUGCAUGUAGGUGUCAGGACUUUGUCAUUGCUUAAGGAUAUCUGGUAUCUGCUUCAGAAGGGAGAACUGAUGUAGUAGGACCAAGCACAUGAACGUGCUGUGAUAAAAAACGAUUUAUUGGAAUGCGAAGUGGGGAACUGGAGCAUGGAGGUGUCAGGAACGGGAGCGUUGUGCGCUGGGGGGAUCCAGACCACCACUGCUGCGGAGGAAGGUGUCACCCCAAAUAUUCCCACAGAGUCCACGGACAACCUACGCUUAUCCACUUGGCACAUUUGUCACCGCGUCAAAGCAAAGAUAAGAAAAGGGCCCACUAUUCCGCUUUACCUUGUCCAAAAACCUGGUUUUUCGCUUCCCGUUGGGUAAGGAGGUGGCGAAGGGGGUUGUAACAUCCAGAAGUUUCGACUCGCGCCGGAACCACCUCUUAAUUCCUCCAACCACCCACCGAUCCAGCCAUCCCACGACCCUGUCUUCCCCUGACAAGCCUUCCAUCGGGAACGUACCAUGUCUUUGGUACAGCACGUUUCUGUGAUUGAGGGAGUGG